AUGAGCAAACACAGAGAUCACAGAAACCUGUUCACACAGAGACUCUGCUGCAAAAGACAGAGCCACUUCGUCUACAUCGGACAGGACAUCUCCGGGAGUCCUGUCAGUGUGGAUGUGGGAAUGUGCAGGUCGCACUGUGGGGGAGCAUCCAGGCCAUCACAUGAAGCAGGACAGAAGGAAUACUCACAACAUUCCUCAAUGCUGGAAUUUCUCAGGAGCAAGAAAGUAAGUGAUAUGACACCUCGCGGAGCUGCAGCUGCAGAGCGCCCGGAGCCGCCGCCGAACCAGCUGCCCUCCUGCGGGAUGAACCACGUGUGUGAGCCGACCGGGAUGCGUGUGGACCGGGUGCUGCUGUUGGAGGGACCCCGGGAGGUGGAGGUCAUCGAGGAGUGCCACUGUGAGGUCAGGCUGACCCAGUGCAUCCGAGUCCCCGCACUGAGGACCUACUACUCCGAGACACCGUAUGAGACGGUCAUCGACGUGGGAGGAUGCUCCAGGUCCAAGGGUUCCCCAGAGGGCUUCUCCUGUCUCCCCACUAAGUUUGACUCAGCUCUGGUGGAAACCCCAAACAAAGUGGACCUCAUCCAGACAGUGGCGACCUGUGAGCUGAAGGAGAGCUGCUACAGGGUCCCAUACGUGGAGUAUUACUAUGAAAUAGUCCACCAUGAAGAUGGAGUCAAAGAGGAGAGGCUCAAAGAAAUAGAUGUGGGCAGAUGUUUGGGAGGCUGCACUACAGGAAACCGAUGCCUUCUCAGGAGUCCAUCGGAUCCAGCAAUCUGCCACUUAUGGGCUGAGAGACAGUCCAGCUCCUGUGUUUCUCAGGGCUACGAGAGCCACAGCUUCCUGAACCAGCAUGGGCAGAUACGCACUGUCCUCUCCAUCACUUCCUGCCUCUGCCAAAACUGAACACUGCGCCCCCUACUGGGAAACAACUUCCAGUCCCAACUCUCUAAAAGUUUACAUUCACAGCCCACUGAUGACCCCAGCCAAAUAAAAUGUGUUUAAGAAUUUGCUAGCCUAAAGUA